AUGCUCCACGAACUCCUUCUCGUUCUGAAUUGCCAUUCAUCCUCCAUCUUCAUCGAGACACCAACCACAACUACACUCAGCCCUACGUUCCCGAACGUUCACCCUUCCGAACGUGCCCUGCUCAACUCCCUUGCGCACCUCGCACAUCUCCAUCGACGGACACGAGAUGCCAUCAAAUCGUCUAUUUCGUCACAUCCCAGUACGAUUGUUCGCGCGGUAGCGUCCGCGAUUGAUGGUCAACUGAAGCUGUUUCAGCAAAGAGUGGUGGAUUGUGAGAAAGCGAUUCUUAGCCGGGAUGUCGAAUUGGUGGGCGGGUAUGAUAUUGUACCCUUGGCAAAGCUUGCGACAUGGUUUUCGGGGUGGGAUAGAAUACUUGCAUAUGUUGAGGAAUUGGCGACAUUCAUCAGCCUUCCGGAACGAACUGGGGUGGAAGUGUUGAAUCGUCUCAAGGGAGAUACCAGAACAGGGUUCCCUGAACUGCGGCAGUUGAGCAAUAAGUUUUUGGUGGUUGCUGAGCAGGUCUGGCUGAAGUUUUUGAUGACGUGGGUGCUUUAUGGGAAAGUCUCCAACCUGGGUUCUCGAGAUUUAUUUGUGAAGGAAGACGAGAAGCAGGAUCUUGAAGAGAGGUACGCCGCUGAUGAGAAGUUGAUUCCGUGGUUCUUGUCAAAGGACACUGCGGAUUCAGUACUGUUCAUAGGGUUCGCCUUGGUGCGGACAUCAUCGCAUCUGACAAACUCGGGUUCGGAGAUCCUGCAUGCGCACUCUGCGCUCCUGCGAGCGAUUGAACCUUCGAUACAGCCGUCAACCAUCGACUCGACGAUUGCGGCAGUGCGAGCAUCCAUAUCCAAUCGCCUGCUCCGACGUCUCCUCCCUUCACGAACCAUCAUCUCCGCAAUUGGGUUUCUACGGAAGUUCAUGCUUUUGGGAGAUGGCAAAUUCAUGGUAGCUCUGAUGGAUGAAUGUGAGAAGUUCAAGAAGAGAAGAUUAAGGGGUAUGGGAAACGGUGUCAUCCGGCAAGGUGAAGUAAGUGCCGUACUGAAGAGGGCGAUGGUUGCUAUGAGAGCGGGUCUUGAUGAUGAUGAUGAGAUUGAGGAGGACGAAGGUGUUGAUGCAUCCGACGCAGAUAUCGAGAUGCCAUCAGGUGCUCGAGCGGUGAACCUGGAGGAGCAUCUUUCCCUGGAGGUUCUCAACAUCGACCCGUCUUCGACCUCAUUCUCAGACUUCUUGAUUGGACAUCCAGCAAGCUUGACCUUGCGUCCCCCAUUUCCCCUCUCUCUGUUCCUCACUACAUCGGACAUUGUAAUCUACGGAUCCUUGUUCUCCUUUCUCGCCUCUAUCGUACAAACACUGCGCCGUCUGCAAGCUCUCUAUGAACAACGACGGGUACGCACACACGUCCCACUCGCUGUCUGGGGCCUGAUAGCGCACGCAACCUUCUUCUGGCGCGAAGUCUGGGGGUGGAUGCAAUACGACGUGAUCAACCCGCUUUAUGACGAGUUCAUCAAUAUUGAGGAGCAAAGUGAUCCAGAGACUGUUCGCCUGCGACACACCAAAUAUCUGCGAAGGCUCAACAGAGCAUUCUUCGGUCAUAUGCCGCGUGCACAAGAACUUUUGCGGUCGAUCCAUGUCAAGUGCGAGAUCUUGUCUGGACGAGUCGUGCAUUGGUCCGAGGAAGACGGUGUCGAAGAUAUCGAGGCACUUGGGAGGUUCAAAAAGGAAUGUUCGGAGUUCGUGGGUGAGCUGGAAUCUGCGGGUAUGGUUGCGAACGGCGUGGGUACCGAGGAGGAAGAAUGGGAAGCUAUGAUGGAUAUGGGACUGACGGACCGAUUGCUGUUACGACUGGAUUGGUUCUCAGGCGCUGGGCAUGAUGCUGUCGAUGAUGAAGAGUGAGGAGUUUGAGGAGAUACCAUGUAUACCCGGAGUGAAUAUAACGAGAUUCUCCUAAACUUCGUCAUGUUUUGUG